CAGUGGUGGAACACACACACAUGGAAAGGUCCACUAGUUGUCGAAAUAAAGACGACCAAUUUGCCUAAAACCUCUCUUUGAACCAUUCCAUCCCACAAAAACCAGAGCGCACCAGAAAAAUAAGCAAUUCGAAUUCAAAAGAAAAUAAAAGAAACCUUUUCCAUUACAGCAUUUGCCUCUCCCUCCUCUCAAGAACUCCUCCCCUCACCAACCGAGAAUGGCGAAUACAAGUGCCAUUUUCAUCUUUGUAAUCUCAGCUUUGCUUGUUAUCAGUGCCAAAGCAUUUGAAGAGGUGAAAUUUGGUUAUGAUGGUGCAACUAAGCCAGCACUAUGGGCCAGUCUGCACCCUGCUUUCAAGGAUUGCUCUCAUGGAAGUAAUCAAUCCCCCAUUAAUAUUGUGAAGGGCGACCUCACCCUAAACAAAGAUCUGCCUCCUCUUACCAGGAACUACAAGCAAGCUAAUGCUUCCUUAAUCAACGAUGGCAAUCGUGUCAUGUUGAGAUGGGCCGAGGAUGCUGGGGAGCUUCUUUCUGAUGGAAAGAGCAAUAUGCUCAAGGAGCUCUACUGGCACUUGCCUUCAGAGCAUACUAUCAAUGGGGAAAGAUUUCCAUUGGAGGUUCAGUUGUAUCAUGAAAGCAAGGAUGGUAACAUAUCUAUGUUGUCAAUCCUUUACCAAUAUGGGGGGCCUGACCCAUUCCUAAGCCAGAUGGAAGAGCAGCUUAAGGAGUUGGCUGAGGACAACUGCUCUGAGGAUGAAGAGGCAGUGGUACCCCUUGAGGCUGUUAAGACCAAGCAAUUGAGAAGGAACACUCUCAAGUACUACACAUACUUGGGCUCCCUUACGACUCCUCCUUGCACUGAGAAUGUCACAUGGAAUAUCCUUGGAAAGGUGAGGGAAUUCUCUAAGGAGCAAGAGAUUGCACUGAAGGCUCCUUUGGAGAAGGGGUACCUCCAAAAUUCCAGGCCCCUUCAAUCCCUUAAUGGCAGGGAGGUCCAGCUUUAUACUGCUGCUACUACUGGUGAUAACUAAGAAUUGAAGUGAGAAUGGAGCUGCCCUCUCAAUUCGAAACUUGUUCCUUUGUCCUCUGUCUUUUGUUGAGAGAGCUACCAACCUCAACAUUUCUUGUUCCUUGACUGUGUCUUCUUCUAAUGUAAGGCUCUAAUAUUCACACCUGAAAACAAUGCUUACCUUCAUAUACACACACAUUUCAGGGCAUUUUCCAAGAUGAAAAUUGAGAGCUUGCCUUCUUAAGGUGGCCCUUCUUUAAUUUGUCAAUCAUGCUUUGUUUAAGUGAACUUACCCAAAUUUCUUUUUUCUUUAUAAAGAAAGGAAGUAAGAAAA